AUGUCCUGUGGUUUAUUUACGGGAUUUGUAUUUGUGCCUUCUGAAAAAAGUCAACUGACUCCAUGGCCGAUAAGCGCUACAACACUAACUCUCAAUAUGAUAAUCUUGUUUCCAACAUAUAAAUGGAGCAGAUUCAGUCUUGUUUCAUCGAUAUGGGCGCUUAUCGGUAGCGUUUUGUCUCUGUGGCGUGUAUUUGCUGCAAAGCAAAACCCAAUGGCCAUAGCACACAGCAUACCUUGCAGCUUGCCUUUGACGAUUGGAGCUAUCAUUAUCAGACUCACCCUUGAAGAUGGAACUAAAGGCUUUAAACAGAGGUGGAAAACCUUUCUUGCGGUGGCAAGUGGGAAAAGCCCAGAGUAUACAUUAUUGGAAUUGGAUAAACGAACCAAUGAAUCGGAAAAUGUACGCAGAGUAUAUCAUCGGAUUGAAGAAAUAUCGAGACUAUUGGCAUUAUUUGUUGAUUUUAUAGCAAUGACAUACGGUCUAAUGCGUGUAUGGUCAUGGUGGUAUCCGUUUGAUGCUAUAACUGAUACCAUGUGUUUAGCUACUUUUCCAAGAAAUUUCCGGCCCUCCUGCGAAUCGAACACAAAUGGAUUUAUCAUCAAUGACUGGAACGCGGCCGAGAUUUCCGAGAAUUGCAUUCAAUUCCAACCUGCAGUUGGAUGGUUCCUUAUUAUUGUAUAUACAGCAAUUUAUGUAACAACUUUCAUUGGAGUGGUUUUAAUGCGCGGUUAUUUUGUUUGGACAAUCGGCUCUAUAGGAGCCGCCAUAUUGAUAAUUUUGUCUGGAGUGCAGGCAACGUAUUCUACGCAAACGUUGUGUGUUGAAUUCGUCGCAAUCUUGAUGAAGUCAUCAUUAGAACCUUCGAUUCUCAGUAAUCUAAGUUUAAUUACUUUAUGGUGGCAUCGGUUUGACAUCCCGCAAGAUAAUCCACCCACCGAUAAUUCGACAGAUAUUCCGAUAUUCAACAUACCCGAAAUUGUGUCGUCUCAAUCAGAAAAAGAAACGUCGGAUAAUACUAUAGAGUCAGCUGAGACUAUUGAAGUAAAACUUGCAACGAAGAAAAUACAUCCCAACAGAGAAGCGGGAAACCCGUUUAAGAGAAUGGGCCAUCAUGGUGAAGAUCCUGACAAAUUAACUGAUAAGUCCUUAUCGGGAGUAUCGGGAUAG